AUAGCAGAGCCCUUGUUUGGUGGCUGACAUUUUUGUCCCAAGGCGUGGCCUAGAUCUACCUGCAGGGAGGGGUAGUUAAACCGCGCAGGCGUACCAAUCUAUAACCGAUACAGUCGAUCGGAGUGGGACGUCCGAUCCACAGUCCAUGAAGCGUUGUCAACAACUCACGCACCUUCAGCAUGAACGACGGUAGGUUUUAACUCAAAUAUUGAGAGAGGGGAUUCGUUUCAAGGUCCGAAGCGCCAAAGUGGGCUCUUUAUAAUUCUUGCUCCUCAUCUACUACUCAGGUCUGGUGGUAGUUUUUUUUGUCAUUGAAACAUCGUGGCGCAACAUGAAGCCACGCAGCUACGUCAAAGUAUUAAAAACAUUAUCCUGCAGUUAGCAAACGUUAGAUCAAAACCACGGAAUAUGUUGACGUCCCUCGCGAGGAACGGGAGGAAAGUCUCGGCCUCUGUAGCUAAAUUCUUUUCAACGGCGAAGAACUCGACCGGGUCCCGGACUCUGACAGGGGGUCAAGACGUGUUCCGACACCGGUCCUCCGGGCUCGACCUCACACCGGCUCCCCGGCCGCUGCUCCCCGCCAGAUCCGCGUCCGUGUCGGCCGCGUCCCGAGGGGGUGCGGGGCCUCCGGGGUCCCCUUCGGACGCCACCGGAAACCACCCGCCGGACCCGGGGAGCUUCGGCUCCUUCUCCGGCGACAUUUCCUCCAGGAAGACGUUCAGGAAACUCAGCCCCUACAUCCGGGACCUGCGGCACCGGGAUGGCGAAGAGGACGGCGACGCAGAGCCGGGGACCCCUGGGAGGAGGCCCGGCGCGAGGAGGAACACCCCCUACUGGUACUUCUUACAGUGCAAGAGGCUGAUCAAGCAGAACAAGCUGCAGGAGGCGCUGGACGUGUUCGCCAGAGACAUGCUGCAGGGAGAGAGGCUGCAGCCGGAGGAGUUCAACUUCUCUGUGCUGAUCGGAGGCUGCGGUCGAGCUGGGCAGCUGAAGAAGGCCUUCAGACUCUACAACGACAUGAAGAAGCGAGGUCUAGAUGCCACGGACGCCACCUACACGGCGCUGUUUAACGCCUGCGCCGAGUCGCCCUCCAAACACGCCGGCCUCCAGCAAGCGCUGAAGUUGGAGCAGGACCUCCGCCGCAGGAACCACCCACUCAGCACCAUCACGUACCACGCCCUCCUCAAGACGCACGCCGUCACCAACCACCUUCAGGCCUGUAUUCACACCCUGCGGGAGAUGCUGCAGAACGGCCAUGCUGUAACUCAGGAGACGUUCCACUACCUGCUGAUGGGCUGUUUGAAGGACAAACAAAUGGGAUUCAGACUGGCUCUACAGGUUUGGAGGCAGAUGCUGAGGUCCGGGAUUCGUCCGGACACCAAGAACUACAACCUGCUCUUGCGGACUGCCAGGGACUGUGGGAUCGGCGACCCCGCCGCGGCCGCCGGCGUGCUGCUGGGGCCCGACCCGAUGAACGAGAGGAAACUGGUGUCUCACGCAAGGCCUGGGCACAUCGGCGUCAUGGACAUCGACCUCCUGGAGAGGCAGCUGUGUAUCCAACCGGACUCGCACAGCGGCAGCGAGCCGGGCAGCACAGGCAGCGAGGCGGAGUCCCACCUCAAAGACGCCGCCCACUUGGUGCCGGUCAGACGGGCGGAAGCCGCCUCGCCGGCCGCCGGCGCCGCAUCCGACCCUAAAGGGCCCAGCCUACUGGACCUCUUCGAGGGCAAGAGGGGGGGCGUGGUCUCCCUCGGCGCCGUGGACGGAGCGUCGGACCGGCUCGCCCUCAUCGGAGGGGCGGAAGGCUUCCUGGAGAAGAUGGCGGCCGACGGCCUCGCCCCGGACCUCAGAACCGUGACCCUGCUGGCCGACGCGAUGGAGCCGGGGAGCCGGUCCCUGCAGGCGCUGCUGGGGGUCGCCAAGCGGCACAAAGUCAAGCUGGACGUCGCCUUCUUUAACACGGCGAUCCGCAGAGCAGCCAGAGCUGGUGACCUGGAGGAGGCAAAGGCGGUGUUGAGUGUGAUGCGACAGCGCAACGUCGGCGUUGACGUGCAGACGUUUGGAAGUCUGGCGUUGGGCUGCGAGCGACAGCAGGACGGCCUGCAGCUGCUGCGAGACAUGGAGGAGGCGGGACUUAGGCCCAACGUCCAGGUGUUCUCUGCUCUGGUUGGCCGAGCAACUCGAAGACUGGAUUUUGUUUACCUCAAAGCGCUGCUGAAAAGCAUGAGAAGCACGAGCGUGUGGCCGAAUGAGGUCAUCAUCAGACAGCUGGAGUUCGCCUCCCAGUAUCCUCCCAACUACGACAAGUUCAAGUCCAGAAACAACUACCUGGUCCAAAUCGAUGGUUUCCGUGGUUACUACCAGCAUUGGCUGAGGGCCAUGCCCGCUCAGAGCGCCGAGGACGAUCAGGCGGAUGCGCGGGCCGAGACGGAAGCCGAAGGGCCGAAAACGGAAGCUGCGGAUGGACUCACGGCGGCCCAGAGGAACCAGAGAGCAGCAGCGAGGAGGUUCAAGCCCCACAACAAGGACAAGAGGAGCAGCAGCGAGGCUCUCUAACGGAACAUCUGCUCCUUCUUCAGCCGAUCCUCAGAUGGCUGUACAGAGAUCUAAGCUGUGUACCUCCGGGUGGACUUCACAGCAGGGUCUUAGGUGAUGGAAGUUCCUUCAGUUAUUGCAAAUCCAUUGUUUGUUUUCCCCCCACAGAUGUAAAUUAUUGCAAUAAAAGAACAAUUCAAGUUUGAAACAUGGA